CUCUCUCUCCGACCUCUAGAGUUAAGAUUUAGAGUUACCAUUUCGGGAAUGGAGUCACCGGCGGCUUGGAUGGAUCCGAGCCUCGAGAUUGACAAGCUGAGCUACGAGAUCUUCUCCAUUCUUGAGAACAAGUUCCUCUUCGGCUACGACGACCCUAAGCUCUUCCGGCCUGCCAGAAGCCCGCUGGGGACGCCCCUCAAGGCCUCCGCUGCGGCCGGGAGGGUCCGCAUCCUCUCCAUCGACGGCGGCGCCUCCGACGGCCUCCUCGCCGGUGUCGCCCUCGCCCGCCUCGAGGCCUCCCUCCGCAAGCUCUCCGGCGACCCCGCCGCCCGGAUCGCCGACUUCUUCGACCUCGCCGCCGGAUCCGGCGCCGGCGGCGUCCUCGCUUCCAUGCUCUUCACCCGCGGCCCUGACGGCCACCCGCUCUUCUCUGCUGACGACGCCCUCCGCUUCCUCGCCAAGAACCGCUCCCGUCUCGCCGCCACCGGCGAGAAGGGGCUUCUGCACAAGAUCUUCCGGCGAUCGGGCGGCGGCGACGGGACAUUCUUCCGGCGGAUCUUCGGCGACGCCACUUUGCGGGAUACCGUGAAACCGGUGCUGAUCCCGUGCUACGAUUUAGCUUCCGGGGCACCGUUCGUCUUCUCGCGGGUGGACGCGGUGGAGACGGACGGCUACGAUUUCCUGAUGCGCGAGGUGUGUGCCGCGACAUGCGCCGCGACGGCGGCGGCGGAGAUGCGGUCGGUGGACGGCCGGACGCGGAUCCGGGCCGUCGGCGGGGGACUGGCGAUGAGGAACCCCACGGCGGCGGCCGUGACGCACGUUCUAAACAACAAGCACGAGUUCCCCUUCGCCACCGGCGUGGAGGACCUCCUGGUGGUGUCUCUUGGUGCCGGGGAGACGGACAUCGCCGGAAGAUCGCCGGCGCCACCGUCCGCGGCUGAACUCGUCCGGAUCGCUUGUAUGGGCCAGGCCGACAUGGUGGAUCAAGCGGUGGCCAUGGCCUUCGGAAAGAGCAGGACGACGAACUACGUCCGAAUUCAGGGACAUGGGGUCAGUUUGGGAAGAGCUGAUGAUGGAGUGGAAGCGGCAGAGCAGACGAUGGCGGAGAGAAACGUGGAGUCGGUUCUGUUCCGGGGGAGGAAGUUAACGGAGCGAACUAACGGCGAGAAGCUGGGGUGGGUAACGGAGCAACUGAUCAAGGAGCACGAACGGAGGAGGAGCGGCAGCGUGCCGACGGUCCUGAUCAAGCCGGUGAUCACGCCGAGGACGUCCUGCUCGACCACCACCACUACGGUGUCCAGCCUGACCUCCUCUGGGUCUCCAUGAUUCUGACACGCGUCGCAUCAUUAUGUUGUGGAAGGACUUUUUUUUUAGCUGAUGAUCGGUGUGCUCCCCCUGCCUGGAGCCGAUGGACGGUCAGGAUGGAAGAGGAGAGCCGAGAGAUACCGUGGAUGAUGGUGUAUCACGUGUACAUUGCAGGAUUGUAGGAUUUUUCUUCUAAAAUCUUUUUUUGGUUUUCUUUCAUGCUGCAUGGGGGCUUCAGGAGGGAAAGCUUUAGUCUUGUGUUGCACUUGGAAAUGUCUAUAUUGAGGUGAAAUUUGUUCACAAGAUUGACAUAGCAAACUUUGUUGCCUGAGA